AAUCACAACAGCGCUGCGACUGCUAGUUUGCUAGGCAGCAUCUUUUGGACCAGCAAGCGAUAUGCAUUUCACCUCCAAUUUGUUUCCAAGUUGAAAACCUUUGGGUCUUUCCAUGCAAACGGAUUGAAGAAACAAAAGAUUGUCUUAGGAUUGCCUUUAUUCAGAAAACGUCAUAUAAUCAAAGUUUCUACUGGCUUUAAAUUAAAAUGGAAAAAUAUGAGAACCUGGGAUUGGUUGGAGAAGGGAGUUAUGGAAUGGUGAUGAAGUGCAGGAAUAAAGAUACUGGAAGAAUUGUGGCCAUCAAGAAGUUCUUAGAAAGUGACGAUGACAAAAUGGUUAAGAAGAUUGCAAUGCGAGAAAUCAAGUUACUAAAGCAAUUGAGGCAUGAAAAUUUGGUGAAUCUCUUGGAAGUGUAUAAGAAGAAAAAACGAUGGUACCUAAUUUUUGAAUUUGUUGACCACACAAUUCUUGAUGACUUAGAGCUCUUUCCAAAUGGACUAGACUACCAAGUAGUUCAAAAGUAUUUGUUUCAGAUUAUUAAUGGAAUUGGAUUUUGUCACAGUCACAAUAUCAUACACAGAGAUAUAAAGCCAGAGAAUAUAUUAGUCUCCCAGUCUGGCAUUGUCAAGCUAUGUGAUUUUGGAUUUGCACGUACAUUGGAAGCUCCUGGGGAGGCUUAUACUGAUUAUGUGGCAACACGGUGGUACAGAGCUCCAGAACUAUUGGUUGGUGACGUCAAGUAUGGCAAACGGAGUUUCGCUGUUGUUAGCCAGACUGGAGUGCAAUGGCGCGAUCGCAGCUCACCACAACCUCCGCCUUCUGGGUUCAAGCAAUUCUCCUGCCUCAGCCUCCCGAGUAGUUGGAAUUACAGGGCUGUUGAUGUGUGGGCCAUUGGUUGUCUGGUAACUGAAAUGUUCAUGGGGGAACCCCUAUUUCCUGGAGAUUCUGAUAUUGAUCAGCUAUAUCAUAUUAUGAUGUGUUUAGGUAAUCUAAUUCUAAGACAUCAGGAGCUUUUUUAUAAAAAUCCUGUAUUUGCUGGAGUAAGGUUGCCUGAAAUCAAGGAAAGAGUACCUCUUGAAAGACGUUAUCCUAAGCUCUCUGAAGUGGUGAUAGAUUUAGCAAAGAAAUGCUUACAUAUUGACCCUGACAAAAGACCCUUCUGUGCUGAGCUCUUAUACCAUGAUUUCUUUCAAAUGGAUGGAUUUGCUGAGAGGUUUUCUCAAGAACUACAAUUAAAAGUACAGAAAGAUGCCAGAAAUAUUUCUUUAUCUAAAAAAUCCCGAAACAGAAAGAAGGAAAAAGAAAAAGAUGAUUCUUUAGGUGAAGAAAGAAAAACACUUCUGGUACAGGAUACCAAUGCUGAUUCCAAAAUUAAGGAUUGUAAACUAUUUCAAAUAAAAGGGUCAAAAACUGAUGGAGAAAAAGCUGAAAAAGGCAACAGAGCUUCAAAAGCCAGCUGUCUCCAUGACAAUAGGAAAAGCCAUGUCAAAAUAGUGCCUUCAACAAGCCUCAAAGAUUGCAGCAAUGUCAGUGUGGACCACACAAGGAAUCCAGGUGUGGCAAUUCCCCCAAUUACGCACAAUCUUUCUGCAGUUGCUCCCGGUAUUAAUUCUUCAAUGGGGACUGCGACUAUACCAAUUCAGAGUUACAGAAUGGAUGACAAAACUAAGAAGUGUUCUAUUCCAUUUGUUAAACUGAACAGACAUUCCCCAUCAGGCAUUUAUAAUAUUAAUGUGACCACAUUAGUCUCUAGUGAAAAGAGUCUCCUUCAGGCAAGUAAGAACAGAAGGGAAUACUCCAGGACAGAUGUCCAUUUGCCUGAACUAAACUCUAAUCAUCUCCCUGAACUAAGAACCUUGGAAGGCAUAGCUCGAAAUUCCAGGCUAACAAAGAAAGAGAACAAAAUUCUUUCGGCAUCUCGAAUUCCUUCUCUGGCCGCUAUUGACCUGCACACUCCCAGUAUUACAUUACAUCAGGUAUCAGGACUUCCCCUGUCAGAUGAUUCAGAGGCUGAUUUGCCUUAAAUGGAGCACCAGCACUGAGAAUCAUUUUGGUUCUGAACUGGAUGCUGCUCUUGCACUUGAGAUGACAUCUUGCAGCAAGAGUGCUGAUAUCCUAAGAGGAGAGAUUCAUGGUUUUGAUCAUUUCCUUCUGAACUGCCUGGAUUUUCUGAGAAAGGCCUUCUAGAAGAAGUAAAGACAAAAACUUCCAAAUGUUUCAAAGGAAGAUUGAACAAGUGCCCCUCCCCAACUGUUAUUCCAUCAUCUUUCACAUCCACUGAUGCUAUAUCAAGAUAUAUCCAGUGGAAGAAUAGUGAUAUGGUUCUUGUUACAUGAAUGUGUAUUUACUGUUAGGAGAUUGUUUAAGUCACCCAUGAUUAAAAGUGUGUAAAAAAGGAGAACAGAGAGAAAUGUUAUAAAAAGGCCAUGUUACUCAUGCAUUGAACUUUGUGUGUUUUCUGUAUAAAUGUGUAUAUUUAUUUAGGAGAGAGUUUGGUGGGGGUAGGGGAUAAAAAUUACAAUCAGUUGGGCCGGGCGCGGUGGCUCACGCCUGUAAUCCCAGCACUUUGGGAGGCCGAGGCGGAUGGAUCACGAGGUCAAGAGAUCGAGACCAUCUUGGUCAACAUGGUGAAACCCCGUCUCUACUAAAAAAAUACAAAAAUUACCUGGGCAUGGUGGCGCGUGCCUGUAAUCCCAGCUACUCGGGAGGCUGAGGCAGGAGAAUUGCCUGAACCCAGGAGGCGGAGGUUGCGGUGAGCCGAGAUCGCGCCAUUGCACUCCAGCCUGGGUAACAAGAGCAAAACUCCGUCUCAAAAAAAAAAAAAAAAAUUACAAUCAGUUGAAGAAAAUUGAAGAAACUAGGAUCAGUAAGAGAAACUGUUUGCUUUAACCGAAUUUAACUAUGAAAACACACUGAAAAAUCUUACUUGCUUCUAGAUAUUAAGGGAAUAUGUAACUUCUGUCUGUGGGUAGAUGUGUGUCUUUGGUUUCAGUAAUUAUUGUUGAUGUUCUAUCAUUAUAUUAUAAGACUCUGGCCACUAUGCAGUUCUUCUAAGAACCACACUAAUGCAAGCCUGACAGAGAAACCUUCUCUUUUGAAUGACUUACUGUAACUCUGGCAUUGAUAGUUCUCUGUAUUGUAAGAUUCUGGUGCUGAUGUUCCAUACAGAAUUGAUCAGGACUGAUUUACUCUUCUGUGGACCAAUUGCUAUUGAACUGCCCAGCUGAAGAGGCUCUGGGGAGGGAAUGUUCAUUAUUAUUUUGUCCCCUGGUAGUUUAAGGGUGAUACAAGAAUCCAGAGAAGUUCCUGUCUCCUUGUGACCUCAAACACUAAGCCCUUCUCAAAAGCUUUUCACCAUGGUGCAAAAUCAUUUACCUGCAUUCCACACAUCUUUUCUAAGGUAUGAAUCCAAAACUUUUUAGGUGGGAGAAAUAAACCAAGUUGGGUACAGGUUCUUGAUUUCUGGGUUUCUAGCCAUGCUCUGCAUUUAUUAUUUUAGAGAAUGGUUGUUUAGGGAACCAGAAUUUGUGUGAGUUUUUCACCUUAACCAAUUAAUAGUGUGUUGCUUUUUUCCCCAAAAGCCAUUAACUAGAACUUAGCCGAAGAGUUUAAAUAGACCUUUUCUUUAUUACUCUGAGGAACUUAGUAUUGAAAUUCUGACUUUGGGUAUUUAAGCCUCAAAACAGUAGGACAUUCAAGAGGAGGCAAAUAAGGGGUUUCAAUGUACAAGAGUAUAGGUGGUGGUUAUAUUAAAAUUGGUCUUGAUUUAAAAGCUCUCUUUUAAUCUGUGACCAGGCGUUUGACUGCAUUAGUAUGGUUAACAUGCUGAAAAAACUAGGGUAUCAGCAUUAAUAGCCUUCACAUUAAAACGUUACUAUUUUAUUUUUACUUUAAAAAAAACUGCCAAUAGAUUCUGCAGCAUGGCAAGCAGGUAAUACUUCAAGCCAAAUGGCGCUUCAGCUUAUUUCAAUACUAUUUUUCUGUGAAGAUCAGUGUGAAAAGAUCUGCUCAAUGUUUGAGGUCCUAGGAUCAAUUACCUUCCAGUUUUUAUGCUAGCUUUUGAUAUCUUUUGCCUAUUAAAACACCUUUGAACUUUAGAAUUAAGGAAGUAAAAAUUAUUUACUAUAAGUCAAAGUUACGACUUGAGGAUUGUAACUAAUUACAACCGUGGCAGAAGUACAAGAAAAAGAAGAUUCUGCAAAUUGAUUUCAGUGAUUCUUGUUGAUGUAAUCAUAAUCAUCAGCAAUAAUAGAUAUUGAACCAAUGAUCCUUUUUAUAAGUUUAAGGUUAUUUAGUGUCUCUUUGCAAGGAUCUGACUUAGUCACACACGCAUAGGGAAUAUGUGUAUGUACUGGUGGGAGCAGUGGGCUUGCUGUGUGUAUGUAUGUUUUAAAAAUAAUAAAUAUUAUCUUACUGAGUGCCAUAAAUGGUUUUAAUUUAGAUUUAUUUAAUUAAAGGUACUAUAAAUAAUAUAUUCACCACUGUAUGGUAUUUAGCAAAUAAGUUUGAAAUCUGUUAAUCCUUCUUCCGGAAAACUUAGGAGGUAGCGGUGGCAAGCUAAUUUUCUUGUAUAGCUGGUGAUAUAGGCAGCAUGAUCAUAAAAUAACAUGUCUUGUAAAGACUAACUAGUAAAAGUUGUGACAGAACCUGGUUUUCCUGACUUAGAAUCCCUUGCUUGCUUAGAAUAUCUGACUUCGCAUUGAAAUGGAACAUAGAAAAUGUGUUUUCUUAUGUGACUCUCAUUAUUGGUUUCUUUGUCUUAGCUGUGCUGCAGUGUGAGGCUGGACCUGUAAUACACUAUAUAUCGGAGUAGGCUGAAAAAUAUGAUUGAUUUGUUUUCUAAGCCCUCCUCUCUAUAACUGAACCAUGGGCAGGGAAUUAAUGAAGCAACAGAGCACUGCUCCUAAGGCUUUAGGCUAGUCUUAGUAAAUUGGACUAAAUGGAUUUUUCUCUGUUGUUUUGCAUUGUUUUUGCAUUAGAAGCAGGUGCUUAACACUCCUCUAUAUGAAUAAAAAAUUAUGUUCUCA